CAUACUCUCAGGUUAUUAUCGAAUAAGCAUACGUGAAGUACAGUUUACUCGUAGUUUAAAAAAUGAAGCUGUUUUGCAUUUCUCUGUUAGUUUUAGUGGCGUUGGUGGAAUGUAAGCAUACGUUUAUGGGCACCAAUGUCCUAAGACCACAGUUGUACCACGCUAUUAUUACUCAUCAUGCGUUGGUCUUCAGGAAGCGUGUGGAGAAUCUCAGUUACACCAUACCCAACUUGGCUGGAAAUGCUGGAAGGACUAUACAGGGAAUAUUGGCAUGGGACUUGACCAACACUGACGCAUCCGCCAACGUGACCCAGGGCGGGAUUGGGUACAACUACGUCAACCUUCGCAUGAAGAGCUCACGAGGGGAGGAUCUGAAAUUUGAAGUUUUCAUAUACGCUUAAAAUGUAACCCUAUCCAUGAGCAAAAGAUGAAAAUAAAGAUUUAAUGCUGUUUAGUACUUUGUAUUAAAUUGUUUUAAGUAGGUAUUUCAUUAUAAUAGCAUCGUUUUUAACUUGCAAAAAUACAGGACGUAAAGAUUGGAAAACCUAUUCUUAAAAUUAAAUAAAGGAUCCUUCAGCACCUCUCCUAAG